UUUAGUGAACCAGAAGUAGGCCGGGUAACUACAAAGGUAUCAGAGUUAGCCCCUUCCUCUUUGUUUUGUCCCUUCCCCAGAGCAUUGCACUUCCUCUCGGUCAGUGAAAGGGCCAUUGUGGUGAAGACAGCCAGCUGCUCUCGUCCCCUGUGGUUCUCAGCUAUAGUUAAUGAGCUUAGCUGCUUGUCCUAGUCUGCAUCAGUGCAUAGAGGUCAAUUGCAGGAUUAACACCGUCGCUCGUGGGUUACCUAUCACCUUGUUUUAAUUUGAAUUUCCAACUUUAUUCGCACCUAUCGACUCUGGACUUUUUACUCUGCAGGAUGUGUUUAGGUGUGCUCUUGCUGCACCUGUAGUCUUGGUGUGUGUAUACGCCGACAUAAUGCAGCACGUUGACUUCCAGCCUGACCUGGCCGCUGAAUGAGGCGCCCUACUCCAGGUGAGGAAGAGGAGAAGGGGUAAGCCAAGAGGAGCCAAGGGCAGCCCGGUGUAGCCAGAAGCCCACAUCGUGACCGGGGUCUGGGGACUCUGGACCAGAGGGAGGGCUGAUGCCACUGGUAAACAACAAAGUUGGAGACGAUGUGGCGGGGGGGACAGAGAAGGCUUCGGCGGACGAGCAGGCGCUGGUGGAGUCUUUCAUGAAGGUGGUGGCAUGCUUCAGACACCUGGCCUCCUGUGUGGGUGGCUGCACAGACACCCUGCAGCUGAGAGAUGAGCUGAGGCAGACGCGGGAGAAGGCCCAGAGUCUGGCCGGGGUCUGCUGCCAGCGUCUCACCGCCCGUCUCCGGGACAAGAGCUUGCCGGACGAGGACCACAGGAAGAUGGACCUCCUGUGGGUGGCCUUCUCCUCCGGGCUGGAACUCCUUCACGCUGACCUGUGCAAAGUGUUUGGCAUGGCCAACAUCUUCUGUCUGGCCAACGCCAACGUCUUUGUGCAGACCGGCAUGCAAGGAGGAGGCAGCGAGGUGGCGGCGCGGGCCCUCAGCCUGCCUGACCUGCAGGCCUCCAGCCCGGGUCCAGCGCUCCCGGCCGGCCUGGAGCCCCAGGAGACCAGCGCCAUGGAGCAGGAGAUCCAGCGGGUGGACCGCAUGAUCGAGGACAUGGAGGCCAAGGUCAACGUCCUGCGCUGGACGGUGGAGCCCCGCGGCGGGCCCGAGGCCGCGGACCCCCUGAGUGGCUCGGACAGCGUCUCUGUGGCGCUGCUGUCCAUGGAGGAGGAGGGGCCGGCGCGCGGCGGGGGCAUGCCUCGCAGACACGUCUUCAUCGGGUUGCUGCUGUGCGGCGCGGUGCUGGUGGUGGCCACGCUCUCCAUCUGCAUCGUGCUCUUCUCCUGAGCAGACGCUGGUGUGACCCCGUUGUGCGCAUGCAUACAAACACCUGUGCACGUGCACACACACACACACACACACACACACACACACACACACACACACACACACACACACACACACACACACACACACACACACACACACACACAAAGUAACUUGCAAGUGGAAAACUUAAAGACAAGAACUUCCAAAAAGACGAAUCAAAUAAAAGGACAUUGAUCGAUUCAACUAAUUUAUGGGAAUGCUGCAUGGAAAUAGUCAAAUGUUAAAUAUAGAAACUUUGUCAAAACCCCCAAAUCCUCAAAUGUUGUUCUCUAGAGUCACUUAUAGGUGCUGUAGUUAUGAUGCGAGUUGUGAAGAGAGAGAACAGAAGAGUGAUGAGAGUUAUUCACUGUUUUGAAAUGUUCGACUCAAGCUCCUUUGAUUGACAGGCAGGAUGAAUUUUGUGAACCAAUCCCUGGAAAGAUGCCCUGAUCAGUUAGAAACUAGCCGGGGGCGGUCGAAAGUCUAAUUUGGCCUAUACAGAGGCAGAUGCAGUCAUCUCCCAAAGAUAUAUAUCCACAGGGCAUUUCCCUCAUUAAUAGCUGACGGAUGGCUAUGACAUUUAUACCAAAGGGCACUCAAUUAAUAGCUCUUCAAUCUUACCUACAGCACCUUUUAAGAUUAAUAUUAUUUUUAAUUGCACAGUGACUUUACACUGUCACUGCAUCAUAAUAAUUCUGUUUUAUCUUUUUGCUCUCUCCUAAAAUAGAUGAGCAAUAAGCAUAGAACUAUUUAAUGAUGAAACCCAAAUGAGAGAACUAGGUCAUUUUCAAUAUAUGAUUCAAUGGUAUAACAAACUUGACCUUACAUGAACCAGCAAUGUAUGUCACUAAAAGCCAGAGAAUUAUU